AUGUGCAGUGGGUAUAAUGGGGGAUACUCGAACAUACCUCGACGAAGUCACGUUAAUGGAGACGCACACAACAGUCUAAGAUGCUCCUCUGGCCGUAGAGACGCGAAGAACUACACAACUAAAAAGAAAUGUGCUAAGAAGAAUGUCUACAUUUCUGGUUCUCGAAUAGGUCUGCUCGAUAGCUUGACAGUUUUGAAAUUGCGAGAAGCUGGUUCUAAAACAUGGGCUGAAUACGGCAGAGCGAUGGCGUUGGGAGGGAAUGAGACGGCGCUGAUGUGA